AACCAUCUGUCAUUCCAUGUUGUCAAAACAGUUCAAGGCUGGUUCAAGGUCCGUGAAACGUGAAAUGAACAGUUAGCCGUAAGUUUUUAAUUGCCGUGUCAUCGUCGUAGCGAUAAGUAACAAAGAUGGGUCUUUUGGGCAUCGUCAAAUUCCUCACUCGCCGAGCAAUCGAAUUCCUCAUCCUCGCUCUGUUACUGUUAUUCUUACCUCGAGUACCCCCAGACGCGAAAUUCUCCCAGUCAUACAAAGUAGCCCCAAUUCGGCCGUUCCAAGGGGGGCUCGCGCUCAACGAGAAGCUCAAUGACGUAGAACUCUGGCAUAAGGGCGACCUGCACGGCCCCGAAGCCUUCGCUGACUACAAAGGCGAGCUCUACACUACGCUGCACGGGGGCGACGUGGUGAAGCUCGUCGGCAACCACAUCACCCCCGUAGUCAAGUUCGGCAAGCCUUGCAAGGGGGUGCACGAGGAGGAGCUGUGUGGGCGCCCCCUCGGCAUGGCGUUCGACAAAUCCGGCGUUUUGUACGUCGCUGAUGCCUACUACGGACUGUACAAAGUGGACGUCGCCACCGGCAACAAGCAGCGCUUGGUGGCUAUCGACGACGUGAUCGGCGGGCGCAAUGUGACCCUGCCGAAUUCGGUGGCCGUCGGCAGCAACGGCGACUUGUUCUGGACGGACUCCAGCACCGAGUUUCAGCUCCAGGACGGGGUUUUUGACUUGUUGGCGGACGGGAGUGGGAGAUUGAUUCAUUAUGAUUCCAAAACGAAAAAAAAUUCCGUGUUGAUAGCGGAUUUGCAUUUCGCGAAUGGCGUCGCGUUGGCGCAGGAUGAAGAGUUUAUUUUGGUGUCGGAAACGAUGCGGAACAGGCUGCAUCGGUACUACUUGAAGGGGGCGAAGAAGGGGACGCGGGACGUGUUUAUCGAUGGGUUGCCGGGGAUGACGGAUAAUUUGAAGGCGGAUGGGAAGGGCGGGUUUAUUGUUCCUUUGGUGGUGGCGGUGGAUGAUUACCAUCCCGCGAUUGGACAAAUUUUCGGGCCUUUUCCACUUUUGAGAAAGCUGAUAGCGAGGAUUUUAGGGCUUGUUCAAUUCGGGUUUAAGUUUACCAACGAUUUGUAUCCGAAUGAGUUUUCGAGAAUUGGGGCCCACUACGUGGGGCACUUCGUUAUGGGGUCGCCGCUGUACCCGAAGAGGACUUCCAUUUUGCACGUCUCGAAAAAUGGGGAAAUUCUAGAUAGUAUACACUGCCUAACUGGAAAACUGGCGGGCAUUAGUGAAGCCCACGUUUUCAAAAACACCCUGUAUUUAGGGUCACCGUUCAAUGACUACAUAGGCCGCAUUUCCUUGGAUAAAAUAGGCUGGGGACACUUGAAUAACGUUCCUAAACCUACUACAACACCUAAACCAACCACAACAACAACAACAACAACACCCAAACCUACCACAACAACAACAACAACACCUAAACCUACAACAACAACAACAACACCGAAACCUACAACCACUACAACAACAACACCCAAACCAACGACCACCACCACUACAACACCUAAACCUACAACCACUACAACAACAACACCUAAACCUACAACUACAACAACACCCAAACCUACUACCACUACAACGACAACACCUAAACCUACUACCACCACACCACCUAAACCUACUCCAGCGCCUACUGUGACCAAGUCCACCCAAAACGAAGCUCAAAGACAACCUGUUAAAGAUCAACCAAAAGCAGUUCCAGUUAAAGAGUCUCCUAACAAAAACUAAGUAGGCUGUGAUGUCAUUGUUAUCGUUGCAUCAUCGCAAGUCUUUGUUUCAAAAAUCUUGAAGUAGACUGAGUCACUUUUCACCUUUUAUAUACAGAAGGAACAUUCCGUUGUUUAUUUUUUUUUUGUGUGUUUAUUUUAUUAUAGUGAUAUUUACACUAAGAAAUAAGAAUCUCAUUUUUUCCUACUCAAAAUAGUGCAUUUCUUUAAGUUUUAAAUAUUAUGGCAGGUUAACGAGGUGAUAAUUUACAUGGUUUUUAUAUGUAUCGAUUUUGUACUGGGAUAUUUUUGUUGGAUGUGAUGUGUAUUUAAAUAAAAUUAUUUAGUAAA